CUGGUAUAGGACGUGAAUUCUCGUCUUCGGUCGGCGCUCGCCCACGGCGGUCAAAGCUGUAUCCGACCCGCGUCGCCUAUCUUAACCUGCGCGAGCAUGUCCUUUGUCAAGUCCCUCGUGCGCCAGUUCAGCGGCGCCUCUAGCUCAAUUGAGACGGUCGAGCAAAUGCUCGAAAAGGAGCGCCAACAGCGACGCGACGAGCUUGAGCAGGCCAAACAAACGCGCGCCGCCAACGCCAUGUACCAAAGCGCAGGUCUCUCACUUCAAGACACGCUUCUGCGGUCGGCGCAGCAGCAGCUCACGCGGCUUCCCUCCCAUGGCUCGGAGCGCUCCUUUGCAUCCACGCGCCGGUCGCGAGAGAGCUCGUUCGAGAUCAUCGACAUGUCUCGCGAAGGCUCGUUCCACGAAAUCAACGCGGCAGACAUGCCCCACGAUGAGUUUGUGGAUGUCGGUGCGCCCUCUGCCCGCCGCUUGCGAGAGCUAUCGUGCAUGCAAGCCGAAGACAUCAACGUCGACGCAACGGUCGCGUGUCUGGUUCAACACCUGGUGACGGACGCGCGGCUGUCCUCGCUCGCUGCUCGCUACUCGUCCGAGUGGAUCGAAGCCGCCUUGCAACGCGUCUCCGAGCCGGUGCCAGCCAUGUACAUUCGCUAUCGCAAAGUCGAGCCGGUCGUUGUCAAGGCCGUAGAGAGCGCUGCCGUGCACGAGUACAUCGUUCAAGGCUUGCGAUCGGCUGUGACGGCGCGGAUCGAGGGCGUCGCCAUGGACGCCAACGAUGUCGCCGCCCCACAAUCGGAGAAAGAAGCCAUGGCCCAGCACGACGUUGAUGUUGCGCCGGAACGCAACGAGAUGGAAGCGAUGGCCAAGCACGACGUCAACGUGGCGGCGGCCAACGAUGAGCAAGACGGUAUGGCGCAGCACGACGUGGAUGCGCCGCAACUUCUCAUGGAAGCGCCACACGGGUCCUUCCAGGAUCUUGACGUAUUGUCGGUCACUCUGACAGCCCUCGAGCGCGCCCGGUCCAUGGCGAUGCGGCUCCACGAUGUCAACGUUCCGUCACCGGUCCCCAUUGUCACUUUUGCUAUCGAGGUGGCGCCGGCAGCACUGACGAUGCCAGAGCAAGACGCCGCGGUCAAGACGCGGGACAGCGCCCGAGCCGCCGAGGAACUUGCUGCAUUCUACGCCAACCGCAAGCAAGCGCGGCAAGCGCGGUCGCUCCAGAACCGCUCGGACGAAACGCGCAAGAUGAUGGCAAUGGAAGACAAGGCGAGCUGGGGCAAGGUGCUGCAACUGAUCGACAGCCCCACCCACGAUUCGACGUACGCCUCGGUGCCCGCGCCCAUGUCGCGCAUGUUCAACAUGCUCAAAGGCUACGCGGCGUGAAACGAGCGUCCUCGUUGUCGCGUGUGUAUUUUGUACAAUAGACUUACUUCUGCCUAACAAAGUCAUUUGAUUUCGAAAACUAG